CUGUCACUUGUCACUUGAAUUUGAGGCGGUCGGCGUACACGUGCUGUGGUGUUCCUCAUGAAGGUCUUGUAAUUGUUGUGAAUACAAAGUGGCCUGUCAGUGCAAAUAGGGAUGGCUAUGCUAGCGGAGAGACGUGAACGCAAGCGUUACAACCUUGUUCCUCGGGGCAAGGCGCUUUAUGAAGAUGAUAACCGCUUCGGGACACGCAUGUUAGAGAAGAUGGGUUGGAAGAAGGGAAACGGUCUAGGCGCCCGGCAGGACGGUGAGAAGGAGUUCAUUCGUAUACGCUACAAAAACGACAAUGAAGGGCUGGGCUUCGAAGAUCGCAAUGACCAAUGGACCCAGCACGAAACGGAAUUUGAUGGGCUGCUUAAGACUUUAAGUAACGGAGGGGAUGCAGAUGAGGGUAGUCGGAGCGCAGAUGAGGAAACACCUGCCACAGUAGGAUUCGGAUUUUCUAAGGACUCUGAUACGCCGAAGAAACCAAUCAUCACUGGGGAAUCGUUGGAGGAAAAAUCGAAGAAAUCACGAGCUCGGGUUCACUACAAGAAAUUCACGCGAGGCAAAGAUAUUUCCCAGUACAGUGAGAAGGACUUAGCCAACAUAUUCGGACGCAAAAGUCUCAUAAAAGACGAAAGUGAGAAGGCUCCAGAGGAAGACGAUCAAAAGCAGAGUAACAACGCUAGCCAGGCAACGUCGGACAGCGAAGAGAACAAGGAAGCCAACUUCGGGGUUGUAACCAUCAGCAGCGGGACGUCUAUCAAUGACUAUUUCAAAGCGAAAAUGGCAGCUUUCCGCCAGAAAUUUACAACAAGUGUAAAUAGUGAAGGUUUACAAGACGACAAAGUGGUAAAUGAUUGUGAUUACGGAGAACAGGAAAAAAGUUCAAAGAAAACAAAGAAACGUAAGCACAGGGAUGAAAGUGAGAGCAAUGAAGCUCAAGAAUAUAAUGGACAGGGUAGUAAUGAUGGUGAAGUUCUUGUGGCCGAUGAGAGUGGUAAGACAAAGAAAAAGUCGAAGAAACGCAAACGAGAUAAGGAAGCCGUUGACGAUGAUCUAGCAAAAUCCCACGAUAGCGCUCCCCAAACAGAAAACCCUGCAAUCAUUGAAGGUGAAAUUUCUGAAAGGAAACGUAAAUUGAAGCAUCCAGAACAGACCUCACAGGAAGGAGAAUGCAUUCCAGAGGAUCAAGUGGUCCCAGAAGCUGGAAAAAAGAAAAAAUCUAAAAAGAGGGAUAAAAAUGCCUGCGAAAAUCAAGAUGACACUUUGAUGGAGGUAGCUCCUGCCGCUGUUGGACAUGAAGUCGAGGUCGCUUCGAAACGUAAAAGCAAGAAGGCGAAGCAUCUUUCGGAAGUUGAAUUGGCUCCAGAAGCUGAAUAUUCAAUGCUCAAUGGGAAAUCAGAAGCCGAACAGGAUCCAAAUCAACAAGGUGAAAACUCUGCGCCUAACGAAAAUUCUGAGGUUGACGCGAAGAAGGAAAAGAAAAAGUCUAAAAAUAAAAGGAAAUCUCCUGUAGAAGAGAACGACCCAAUCGAAAUUGAGACAGAGCUUGCGGAUACUCAACGAAAGAAGAAAAAAUCGAAAAAGUCAUGCAAGGAAGACAACUUGGACAGGCCUUCAGAAGAGUGUGCCAUAAACAUUCCGCAGGUCCCUGAAGUGUCUGGAAAAGAUCAAGAUCUUUGUGAGGAACGUGUACAUAAAAAAUUGAAAAAAUCCAAAAAAGAAAAGCAAAUAUCUUCCGAAGAACCCACCCCGAUUGUGAUUAAUGACGCCGACGGUCUGGUCACCGAGAAAGUGAAAAAAUCAAAAAAGUCCAAAAGAAAAACCGAAGAACCUGACUCUUCCAAUGACACUAACAUUUCUACUUCCGACGCGACAAUAAGUGUCCCGCCUGCUGGCAGUAAUGAAACACUCACCUCUCAAAGUGCAAAGAAAACUUCGCCACUUCCACCGCAAUCCAUCGAAACCCAGCAGGUACAUACAAACUCAUUAUCAGCAUCUCCAAAAGAUAACGAAUUUCGGUUUCCAGAGUUAAUAAGUCGAAAACGGAAGAAAAAGUCAAAUCAAGAUACUGACAAUCCCCCUGAAAAGUCAGAAAACGAGAAAAACGAAGACGACGUGAUUAAUUACAAAAUAUCCAGUUUACAAGCUGAGAAAUUUUCGAAUGUCAACAUCGAAGGAUUCAUUGGCUCAAAUCUUCCAUUAAUUCCUGGUUACGGACUGACUGGUACAAUUAAAAUCGAAAUAUAUCGAAGGCGUGGCGAUGAAGUGAAACUGGGACAGUGGCGAGAAUGGCAGGAAACUCCACCCGAGGAGGCCGAUGUUAGGAAGAAAAAGAAAAAGAGAACAGUGUUUCCGAAUGUUUUUGUAUAGUGAGGAUUGUACGUUUGUAUUUUGUUUUGAAAUAUAUUAAGAUCGAAUGGA